GCCGUCCUCCUCAUCGACAUCCUCGGCACCCAGCGCUCCCUAACAACCUUCUUCUCCCUCUCGCGCAUGCGCCCCGAAACAAGCGAGCCCCUCGCCGACGCAAACACCAAGACCACCGUCCUCGCCCCCAGCAACGUCGCCAUCGAGGACCUCCCGCGGAAGCCGUGGGAGAACCCCGACGACUACGACGCCCUCGGGAGCCAGGCGUACGAUGGGUCGGGCGGGAAAGAUCGCGCCGACGAGAACAUGAUGAGGUUCGUGCAGGCCCAUCUCGUCAUCGGGCACCCGAGCCCUUCUUGGGAGGCUGGCGUCAAGGCCAAGACGGCGGCGGGGAGGGAGAUUUGGUGGGAGGAGGGCAAGGCGGGUGGUCAGGAGGGGAAGAGGAUUGUCAUGCCGGAUGGGGUUGAGGUUGAGCGGGUUGCGAGCCGGGUUGCUAAUGGCGAGGUGUGGAUUCUGAAAGGGGUUUUGAAU